AUGGAUGGGAAUCCUCAGCAUCUACGCCAUGCUGAGACAGAUGCAACUGCGUUGGAGCGGCCGCCCCAACGAAUCUUCUAUGGAGAUGUUGGCACGGGUUCCCGCCGACAAGGAAGCCAAGUCCAUCGAUAUAAUGACACUCUGAAGACUUCUCUGCAGCAUCUGCAGAUCAAUCCGGCCAACUGGGAAGACCUCGCCCGAGACCGACCGGCCUGGAGCAGGACAGUGAAGACAGGCGCAGCGGUCUACGAAGCCAACCGCAUCGCCUCUGCGCAGUCCAAACGAGAACCUUGCAAAUCUCAGCUGCGUCCACCUGGCAACGUCAACGCUCGACCGCAUCACCUUCGCCACAGCCCAACACGAGACUCGUAAAUCCCACUUGCGCCCUUCUCUCGACGUCAACGUUAAACCAACCCCCGAUCUGCCCGCGCUGCCAGCAGGCGUUUGGGGCACCGGUCGGCCGUGUAGGACAUCUUCGUACUAACUGCAACAUGCGGAUUACACCAGUUGCUGUCUCCUCGUCUAGCUCUGCUUCAUCCUAUACAUCGAUAACUAACAUUAACCGCGCUCCCCAGCCCCCACCACUAUCCUCCUCCUCCUCCUCCUCCUCCUCCUCCUCCUCCUCCUCCUCCUCCUUCAUUGCCUCAACUUCCAGCCAACAUCGACCCCCCACCAACAACACCAGCGGUCUGGACUCAAUCCAUACCUGUCCUCAUUGCGACCGCACAUUCACCUCGCACAUCGGUCUGGUCGGUCAAUCGCGAAUCCGACGCACAGAGACUGGCAAACCAGCUUCUGGAACACCAACCUACAUUCGUCGCAUUCGCAUUCACUGUCCGCACAGCCCCGCACAUUCACUAACCGCAUGGAUCUAUUCGGUCGCAUGCGUAUCCGCGAGGGCGGAAUUGGCCGCAGUCUAG